CUCUGCUUCCAGCCGACGGUCUCUCUCUCCUCUCAUUUGUUUACGUUUAUCCAGCAACAUGGAGGACGAGGUGGAUGUUGACAUCGAGGGAGACGAGAUUGAGAGCAAUUUGAGUGAGCUGGUGAACGGAGGAGAUUUAGUCCAGGAGCGGUUCUUACAGUCUGCAUGGACGAGCAGCAGCGGGAUACUGCCAUGGGAGCUGGACAGCUCCAUCAGCCCUGAGAACAGAGCGGUGAUAGAGAGAAUGCUGCUGGAGGAGCAAUACUACCUGACAGGUAAGGAGAUUCCUAAUCAUAUUUGGGAACGUGAUGCUAACAACAAGCCCAAAGUUAAGAAUUCUCCAGCUAAAACCUCGACCUCAGCCUCAGGAUCUUCUUCUCGUUGGUCCAAACAGGAGAAAGACCUGUUUGAAGAAGGACUGGCUCAGUUUGGUCAAAGGUGGACUAAGAUUGCCAAGUUGGUGGGCAGCCGUACUGUUCUUCAGGUCAAGAGCUAUGCCCGACAGUAUUUUAAACAAAAGGCUAAAUCAGAACCCAAACAUACAGCUCCCUCUGCAGGACCUGUUCUCCAAACCCUUAAGCCCACAUCCAGUCAUGCCUCCACUCUGACCAACACUGUCCGUAUAGAGAAGCUUUCUGAUGACGAGGACGAGGAUGUAGACAUCACCGACGACCUGAGUGAUGAUGGGGAUGCUGGUGAUAAAUCACAGCCUGUGUUUAAAACUGAGUCCUGUGAGUCUGAGCAACUAACAGGGACAGAGAUCCAGACAGGGGAGCAUGAAGAAGCAGGUCAGGCUCAGAUAGAGAGCAUCCAGGACGCAAAGGACCGACGCAGCCAUAUCUCUCUGUCAGCACAAAGUCAUCAACCCUCGUCUUCAUUCCCUUUUUCAGAAGAGCCUGCUGUCACCAAGGCAGAGGAGACAGUGUCACCUCUUCUAAAAAGCCCUCAGACAGCAGCUCAGACAAACUCAAAGCAAACUAAGUAUGAGCAUGAGGGCCAGAGCUCCCAGUCUGAGAGCUCAGUACAAACUGGUCAACUGGAAGAAGCCUGUAGUGAGAGGGCGGAUUCUGCUGAUAAGACUGAGCAGAUUCUAAACCAGAGAUCAGAAGAGAACCUGGAGGAGGAGGAGGAGGAGGAAGAGGAGGAAGAGGAGGAGCUCAAGGUACCUGAACAGGAAAUUGAGAUGGACAAGGAGACCAUCACUGAGGAUGAGAAGCAAGCUAUCCCAGAGUUCUUUGAAGGACGGCCAUCCAAGACCCCUGAAAGAUAUUUAAAGAUCAGAAACUAUAUCCUGGAUCAAUGGUUGAAGAGCAAGCCCAAGUACCUGAACAAGACAUCUGUUCGCCCGGGCCUGAAGAACUGUGGGGACGUCAACUGUAUUGGGAGAAUACACACUUACCUGGAACUCAUCGGAGCCAUCAACUUCAACUGUGAGCAAGCAGUGUAUAAUCGCCCAAGGGUGGUGGACCGUUCCAAGCAUAAGGAGGGCAAAGAUGUGCUCGAGGCCUAUCAGCUCGCCCAACGACUGCAGAGCAUGCGGACCAGGAAACGACGUGUGAGGGACAUAUGGGGAAACUGGUGUGAUGCUAAAGACUUGGAGGGGCAGACAUAUGAGCAUCUCAGUGCUGAGGAGCUCGCCCUGCGGAGAGCAGAGAUGAAGAAACAGCCUAAACCCUGCAAGAUGUCCAGAUACAAAGGGUCUUUUGAUCCCUUCCAGCUGAUUCCCUGCAGGUCUUUUGGAGAGGAUGUACAGGAACCGUUCCAGGUUACUGUGUGUGCAGAGACGCUUCUCAUCAUGGACAUGCAUGCCCAUGUGUCUCGGGGUGAAGUCAUUGGUCUUCUAGGCGGAACUUUUAAUGAGGAGGAGAAAAUAUUGAAGAUCUGUGCUGCAGAGCCAUGUAACAGUGUAAGUACAGGUUUACAGUGUGAAAUGGAUCCAGUGUCUCAGACGCAGGCCUGUGACAUUCUGUCAUCCCUGGGCCUCAGUGUGGUGGGCUGGUACCACUCACAUCCAUCCUUCCACCCCAACCCUUCAGUACGGGACAUAAACACACAGGACCAGUUCCAGAGUUAUUUCUCACGGGGUGGAGCCCCCUUCAUCGGCAUGAUAGUGAGCCCAUAUGACCCAGCCAAUCCAUCCCCUCACUCCCAAACAACCUGUUUGUUGGUGAAAGAGAGCCAAGAGCCCUCAGGCCCGCAGAAGCUGCCCUACAGAUUUGACUUCCUGUCAUCACAAGACAUCCCGGACUGGGAACAGACGAUGAGGAGAGCUCAGUGGAUCAUCCACAAAUACUCUCAAACAUCUGGGAGUGUGCAGAUGGACAGAUUCUUCCGAAAAGAGUCUCAUCUCACCUGUUUGGAGAAGAUGCUGUCAUCCCUUGCCAGGUACCUCGAGCCCCUGCCAGAUGAGGAGGGAGACCCCUUCCUCACUCAGAUCCAAGCCCUUUUCCAGUCAGACUUUAUUGCUAAGCAGCAAGAGCAAGAGGAAGACCCUUUAACUACCUCAUCCAAACCAGUGGACUCAGAUGACUUUGCUUUUGAUCAGUUGAUCAGCCAGGAGAGGCCCCAGGGAGAGGGAGGAGACUCUGAUGAGGAUUCUGGCAGAGCUACAGACAACAGUGUGCAGCCCACCACAGGCACAUCCUCAGAGACAAACAGCAACACUUUGUUACAUCUGGGCUCAGUGUUGUCGACUGAGCACGACUAUUUACUGUGACAGACCAAAUAUCUCCCUUGUACUCUACUACAAUUAUAUAACAAGUAUAAGCUGUUAUGUAUAUUCUAUGAGGCUUUGUAUCAGUAUUAUAAUAAUAAUAAUAUUUUAUUAUGUUAGAAUCAGAUUGUGUUCAUAUUAAAAUCUUUCAACCAAAAACUCAACGAUUCACCUGAUUGGGGUGUGUUUGUGUGUGUGUGGUGUGAGUCAAAGACAGUUCUGCUGGUUUCUUUUACACACGAAAAUAAAAAAAAUCUAUUUUCAUA